AACCACGGCUGGCGGCUGAAUCCAUGGCAUCCAGAGCCAGUAAUUUACUGCCUGGUUCACAUCUGGGAUGCUGUACCUUCGUAGGCAAAGGCUUGGUCGGACAUACUUCACCCCCAAGCUCCAAUCAUGAGAGAUCGGAUUUAAAUUCUCGCUCGUAGGCUCGCGAAAGGCUUAGGAAGUCGCCAUGGCUGCUCGGCGAAGCUCGUCAGACGCGAAACCGGGAUCGGAUUUGGAGGGAGGGGACGAUAUGAGGGAGGAGGAACGCGGAUGGAGCCCGUCAGAGGGAAGCGAGGGGUCGAGCGACGGAAGUAGAGGCAGCGACGGGAGUAAAGGCAGCGAUGGAAGCAGGGACGAGGGGGAGGAGCGUGGCGAGGAAUCGAGACGAGAUCCGGACGAAAUUGUAACUGAGGCGGACGAAGAGAGAGAGGAGAGGAAAGACUCGGAAGGAGAUGAUGGUGAGGGGGAUGAGGAGGAGGAGGAGGAGGGGGAGGGGGAGGAUGGGGAGGAGGAGGGGGAUGGGGACGAGGAUGCGGACAGGGAGUCCGCUCACUCUUCCCCCGCGCGCCACUCGUCCCCCGCGCGCCGUCUUCCGCAUCUCCCCGCAGCUCUCGCGCCCGCCUCCCCUCCCCCCGCGUCUCCCCCGCUCCCGCUGCCAGCCGUGUCCCCCGCGCCCUUGGAACGCGCACGAGUCACGACUCCCUCUGACGAUGACGAGGAUGAUGACGUGGCGGAUGACGUCGAUGACGUGGACGAAGAUCGCCGCGUGGGCCCGCGGCUACCACGUCGGCCAGCUAGAGCCCUAGAAUCCACGCGGGCUGUAGCGCGGGGGGGGACGGCUGUAGCGCAGGGGAUGACUGUAGCAGAUCUGGAAUUCCCGGGGUCGCUCCUAGGCACGAUCAUGGACGGGUUGGGCAAGUGGCCUUGGACGGUUUGGCCCAACCACAUGCGCUCGUGCCUCGCUGCUGCUGCACGCAUACUAUACGCCGCUGGUGCUGCUGGUGCUGCUGGCGCUGCUGGUGCUACUGGCGCUGCUGGUACUGGUGGUGCUAGUAGCGGGGGAUCCGAUCGAUCUAAGCCAUCCGAGGGAGCUGAGCCUAUAGUGAGACUGGAGGGCUUUAAGGGACUAGACCCUGGCGAUGUGGGUCCUAUAGUGAGCCCGGCAGUGCGAGCAGAGGCGCAGCGCCUGCUAAGGCGACCCGUUCUUAGGCGCAAGCUGGGCACUCUCUUAAAGGAGGCGGCGCCUAGCCUGUUUGACAAGUGCUUGGAUGAUAGGGCGAUCUGGAAGUGGGGGCGGGACGUGCACGGGAAUAUCUUCGAGGCGUUUCUGUCGCUGAUGGAUGUGAUUAUAGUGAAGCUUCCGGAGGUGCUUAUAGCGAGGGAGGCGCUUGCUGCUUCUGCUGCAGGGGGGUUGGUGGAUGGGGGGGAGGGAAAAGGGAAGGGGGGGAGAGAGAGGAAGGAGGAAAUAGAGGAGGCAGAGAGAAGGAGUGUGGAGGUGGAGGAAGAAAUGGCGGGACUAUUGGCAGCCAUGGCACAGGGAUGGGACAGCACGUGCCAGUUCCACUGCAAGCACAAGAACGAGCAGCUGCCACGUGUCGCCCCACGAUUGGACCGUCCGUGCUUCUAUGCCAUCUCUAUUCCCCUCGACCCUGCCCCUGUCGGCCCGUCCCUCCCAGGACUCCCCCUCCCCGGCCCCCAGGCGGCAGGGGGGAGGAGAGGCGCGGGGGGAGGAGGGGAGGGGGAGGAGGGCGGGGGCCUGGGGGCGCACCAGUGGCUGGUGCGGUUUCUGAACUACUUUGGAGAGACGGCGUAUGGGAACGGGUAUAGCCGCGUGGUGCACACGCUGGUAAGACUGAUGGAGGGGUUUGAGAAGCAGUGCAGCACGCAUGCCGCCAGGCAAGAGGCGCUCAGGCAGCAACAGCAGCAGCAGCAGGGGGGGGAUGCCACAGGAAGGGAGGCAACAGGGACAGCGCCCCCGUCGCCGUCAGCAUCACUCCCCUACCCGCGCAUGCCCCUGGUGGCAACUGAGGCGCUGCUGAGGCCCUUGGCGACUGGAGCUGAGUUCCUCACUCCACACGUCGGCAACAUGCUGCUGCAGCCUUGCAAAGCCAUCCUGCUCGUGAUCACUCGCUGCAUCGCCAACCACCUAGAUUCUCUCAACGAGGGCCCCAGGGACGGCUCGUUCCAGUGCCUCUCUCUCACGCUGCGCCACCUGCGAGCUCUGCUCGCCCUGCCCUCCUCUGCCCGGACAGAGGGAGGACAGAAGGGGGAUCGUGGGGGGAAUGAAGGGGAGCGGGAUGAUGACAAGGGGGAGGAGGGGGAAGACGAUGAGGAGGAGGAGAGUGAUUAUGAGGACGAUGAUGAUGAUGACAUGGAGGUGGCAGCAGAGGCGGUGGUGGGCGCGGUGCAGCGGCGCAUGGUGCGGCGUAUGCUGGGGUUGCCGUCAUUCAACAAGCAGCUCACCGCCGCCCGGGAGAUCAACCGCAUGCUGGAAAGUUCCGCUGCGUUGGUGGUCAGGGACAAGGGGAUGGCCGCGGCGUCAACAAUGGACUGGCUGGAGGCCAAUGAUAUUCUGCCACUUGUCCUCCGCUCCAACCUCCACCACAAGCAAUAUGUUGACCAGGUGGAGCGCAUACUGCGCGUGCUGCUGAACCAGCAGCGCCUCUCGGACAAGCACCUGGAGGCACUGUGGUCCGCCACUGAGAAACCCGACCAGUUCGAAGCGGUGAAGAACAACAUAUUCGACCUGCUGGCUGAGCUUGCUUGGUCCUUCUCAGACGAACACCUCGACUCCCUCUUCUCGCGCCUGCAGCACAUUCAGGGUCGCUCAGCGGCGGACAUUGCAAAGUUGAUGCAGCUAGUGAAGAAGCUGGCGAGAUCUGAUUCCCGUGGAGUCAUGGCCUCCAGGUUGCUGCAGCUGCUGUGGACGCUCGUGUUUGACCCGCCUCAGGCUCACCCUACACCCAGUAGUUCAGCAUCAGCAUCAGCAUCAGCAGCAGCAGCAGCAGCAGACGUGGCUUCAGUGAACGUGCUUGAAUCGAAGGCCCUGACAGAGGUGCUUGGGCACUAUGCGUCUGUCGGGUGUGCCAAUAAAGAGGAGUACAUGCAGCGGUGUCUGCAGGCGGUAUCAAGGGAGGAGUGUGUCAUUCCAGCCCUCCAGCUGCUGCGGGAGAUCAUCUCUUUGCACCCCAGCCCUGCUCCAGCCGUUGAGGAGCAGCAAAUGCUGCAGGCACAGCUGCUGUCGUUGAAUGCAAGUCAUGAGCUUGAGUACACUGUGUUGGGAAGUCUGCAGACCUACAAGGGCCUCGCUCGCUCCCUCUUUGCCUCUGCGCGCUCUGCCUCUCCGCGGCUCACACAACCAAUCAAAGGGAGAACGCCAGCAGCACCCACCAGCAGUGACAACCCCCUUCCAAGCAGCCCCCUUCCAACCAGCCUUUUUCCGAACAUCAGUCGCAGCAGCUCCGCAUCCAUCAGUGGUGGCAGUGUGUUGCCCACCAGCGGCGGCAGCCCCAUGCAGGGAGUGGAGGAGGCACGGGCGGACUGCACGGCUGGGGAUGCAGAGGAGGAAGGAUUGCUCCAGACAAUGGACUGUACCAAGCAGCGAGUGCAGCAGCAGCAGCAGCAGCAGCAUGUGCAGCUGCGGCGGCAGCUGGAGCAAUGCACGUUGGUGGAUGGCAGACACUCUCACCGCGACAACAUCACCGCCCGCCUCUCCUUCCUCCUAUGGGCGCUGCAGGCCGGUGGCAUGGAGCUACAGCCUGAGGGGUUGCGGGUGAUCUGGACAGAGCUGGUGGAGCACCCAGCAUGCUGUGAGGACCGGCAGCUGGCGCUGGCAUGGCUGUGCGACGCCUUGGAGGGGAGGGACGGGGGCGACUCCGCGGGACAGCUGGCGCUUUUGGAUUGGUUGACGCAGCUUCCUCCGGAGCAGUUCUCGCCAGUGGCUUGGAGACUCUUCCACCGCAUAUUCGUCAGCGUCAACACGGCAUCAGGCGUGCUGGCAGUCACCUCUGCCGCGCCAGGGGCACUGCCAGCACCAGCACCAGGACUACCAGCAGCAGCACUGCCAAUGGGAGGGGCAGCGGCGGCGGCGGCGGCGGCAGGUGGCGGGAGCGGUCAGGUGGCGGUGGUGGGGGAUGUGGCCGAGCUGAAGGGAGUGGACCUCGUGUGGUCGCUGGCUCUGCGCUGCCCCUCGCCUGCCAUCUGGCAGCCGUGCAUCCAGCUGCUCAGAGACCUGCACUCGUCACUUGUUACACCGGAGAAGUCCAAGCUGGUGGCGGUGCGGCGGAGCUUCAUAGGCCAGUGCAUGCGGCGCCUUGCUGCCGCGAUGCAGCAGCUGGAGGGGCAGGGGGCGGGUAGUGGAGCAAGUGCGGGUGCAGGUGCGAGCGAGGGAGAGAGAGAGGGAGAGGGAGAGGGAGAGGGAGAGGGUGGAGCAAGAGGGGUGAAGGCGGCUGGUGGGGAUGUGCUGCCGAUGGAGACGAGUGCUGAGAAUGAUGGUGGGGAGGGGGGUGGUGAUGCAAGUGGUGCUGAUGUGAGGGGCGGUGGUGACGUGGCGAUGAUUGGUGAGGAGAGUGGGCAGGAGGGGAGGGAGGGAGAGGCGGCGGGGAGUGGGGAGAUGGGUGGCAAGGAUGGUGGCAUGGAAGUGCAGGCGUCGGCAGAGGAACAAGCCCAGCGCUGCCUCUUGCUUCUAACACAAUUUGUGACGCGCUGUGAGGCCAGCUGUCCUCGCAGAGUGUCUCCCCACGGCGCCUCCUACCAGGGCAGGCCGUUUCAGGUGGAGGUGACUGUGGCGCACAGCAAGCAUGUGAACCUCUUCAUUCACACGCAUGCCAACGAGUAUCUGCGCCUGCUACGACUCAAGGUGGCGUGCAAGCUGGAGUGUGAUGUGGCACGUGUGCGGCUGCUAUUGGACGGCCACGAGCUGCUCUCUGAUUGGCUCGUGCUCCGGCAAUGCGGGAUAGCGGAUGGGAGGCGGCUCAUUGCCUCUGUCAUGUUGAAUGCCCGGCCUCGCAGCAGGCAGCAAGGGGAGGGGGGAGAGGCGGAGCUACCGGGUGUGCUCAUGGCGCGGCAGGGGGAGGUGUACGGCACGCUCUUCAGAUUGCUCCAGAUCGGCAACCAUCAAGUGCAGCAGGCAGUGGACGAGCUUCUCAUGCUGCUGCCGACAAACCGAGCCAUUCUCGACGAUUUCAUGAGCAUCCAGUCAGUGCCAUCAGCAGCUGAGGCUGCUGCCAUCCUCAGGCGCCUCCUGCGCCCCUCUCCACGCCUCGUGUACACGCUGCAGGUGCUGGACGGGCUAUUGUUGCCUGUCAACCGCCCUCCCUCUCCCGCCACCACCCGCUUUCGAGGGAGCUUUCUGCAGUCCAGCGGAUUCAGUGCCCUCAUGUCAGUCUUUCAGCGCCAAGCCCUGCCACCCACAGCCGACGACAGCACAAGGCGCAAAUGCUACUUGAGUGCGCUGCACAUUCUGAAGCUCAUGCUAUUCGGUGAUCGCUUUGGCGCCCCCAACCCGGCACCGGACCUCUGGGAGGAUUGGGAGGCCAGCGACGAGGAACAGCUACCAGACGCUGCAGACACUGUAGAGAAGACUAUAGAGAGCAUUGUGGGAAGCACUGUAGCGCGUACUGUAGCAAGCACUGCUAUUCAUCCAGCGCGACUGGCUAUGGCCGCUCGCCCUCCUCCCAUUGUCACGGCGCCAGGCAAUUCUUCUGAACCGACGUGCCUCAUCCGCGCGGAUGGCACAGUGGUGGAAGCAGCAGCAAAGAGGGUGUGUGAGGGGAUGGACGAGGGGAGGAUGAGGACGUGGAAGUGCAGGACAUUAUUCUAGAUAGCGGGGGCAUGACUGUAGAUAAUGGGGGCAAUAAUACUAAUAAGGGGGCAGCUGACAGCGAGGAUGCCUCCGUCCCUCAACCCCUGGCAGCAGAGGUGGCUGGUGGAGUGGAGGGGGGUGCAAGAGGGGUAGAGAGCGGUGGAGAUGGGUCAGCAGCGCAAGCAUUACCGCCACAGCCAGCAGCACAAACGACUGCAGAAUGUUCAGCAGCACCAAUGGCGGUGGCUGUGCUGGCGCCUGUGCCUGAGAGGGAUGUGCCUCCUUUCGUAGCAAUCAUGGAUGCACCAUCAGCUCUGCUGCCUGCUGAUUGGUCAGAGCUCACCAAUAUCAUCAUCAUGCUGGCUUGGGCGGCAUCCAUUGGCUCUUUGCAGGCCAUGGCUUUGCCGAAUCCACAUGCCGUUGAUGCCGCUGCAGCUGUUGCUCACCACACUCUGCAAGCAGCUCAAAAGCGGCGGGUGGAGCAGGAGGGCUCGGGGAAGAGGGGAGGGGAGGAGAGCGAUGAGUCGGAGGACGAGGAGGAGGACGACGAAGACGGCGCGGAUUCCCUGCUGCACCCCGACGAUGCCUGCCUGGCG